AUGCGCCAAUACUGCAACGUCAAUAAAAAUUAUAAUUAUAUAUUGACUGUGAUUGAUUGUUACACAAAAUACGCUUACGGAAUCGCAUUGAGGACUAAACGCGGUGACGAAGUGUCAAAGGCCGCUAGUGGCAUUUUUGCACAGAAUAGACCUAACCUAUUACACGUCGAUCGGGGGCGCGAGUUUUACAAUAAAAAUUUCGAGGCUUUAGUAAAGAAGUAUAAUAUAAAAAUGUAUAGCACUUUCAGUGCUUUAAAGGCUUCGAUAAUUGAGAGAUUUAACAGGACUUUAAAAGCUCGAAUGUUUAGACAAUUCACUAGCAUAGGUUCUCAUAAUUGGACGUCUAUUUUACCAGAGUUAAUUAAUGACUAUAAUAAAACGAUGCAUACAACGAUUGGUGUGACACCGCAACAAGCCAACGACGACCCGUCACGGGUAAAAUUAAAAUACGACGCCGCGAAAACCGCAAAAAUCAAGUUUAGCGUGGGCGACAAAGUCCGCGUAAGCGUAUACAAGGGUGUUUUCACAAAAGGAUAUUUACCCAAUUGGUCUACCGAAAUAUUUACAAUUAUUAAAGUGAACAAGACUACGCCGUGUACAUUCUUAUUGCAGGAUUACGAGGGUAACCCGAUAGCCGGUGGUUUCUACGCCGAAGAAAUACGUAAAACGAAACUACCUAAUGAUUAUCUAGUGGAAAAAAUAAUUCGCACCAAAGGCCAGCGGGUGCUCGUACGCUGGUUAGGUUUUACCGACGAGCAUAAUAGUUGGAUAAAUAAGUCCGAUCUUGUAAUAUAA